GUAACUCCAUAAAACUUUUAGGAGUUUUUAUGAUCACCAAAAAUAUUUAUAUACGACAGAAAAUUAUACAAAAAUUCUCUUUAUUACAGAAUUUGGGUUCAUGUGGACCACUGAAAUGCCGAGAAGUAUACUCAUUAGAUAAGCUUAGAAGACAAGCUACUAUUCUGAAGUGUUUGUUAGACUUACUUUACAAUUGGAGAAAUCAUAGACAACUAAGUGCAGGAAGAAUGCUUGUAAGUAAAUACCCAGAACUUCAGCAGUUAUGGGAUCGGUGUUCUGGAGGAGGGGAAGUGUUAUGUGUGAGUGCAGAACAGGUAACACCUCUGUUGGCUAAUAUGUUGGACAAUGUACUUGACAGAAAAUCUCAUCAAUUGUCCACUAAAGUUUCCAAACAUUUCCUGUGUAAAGUUCUAGAUGUAUCCACAUGUUAUUCAGAAGCCAUACUUACAGUACUUCAGCUCCGACAGUAUUAUGAAAACCAAAAUUGUUCUUUGGCAAAUCUUUUCAAUAGGUUUGCAGAUGAAGUUACUCAAAUAGAAACCCUUCACUAUGGUGAUCAAACUGCUAUAAAGAAACUUCUAUCUUGUAAAACGAGCACACUGUCUUCGGGAACUUUGCUUACCAUUGCACCAUUACUUACCGUGGAUGGUUCUGCCGUACCAAAACUUCUUGAAUCAUAUCUUAAAGAUACGGCUAAGAGCUCCACAACAAGGAAACAGAUUAUAUCUGUAUUUCUAGAGGGAUUAGAAACAGAUGAUCCCCAAAUACGACAAGGUUCUUGUUGUGCAUUGGCAGCACUCAAAGCUUUUGAAUGUACUGAGUUGCUGGCAUACCUGUCACAUGCUGAUGAGAACUCUCUUGUUCGGCAUGAAGCAAAAAACACACUCUUCAAGUUUGGUGAAGAAGGAAAACGAGCUUAUGAAGAGUCUCAGUUGUUCACAAAUGGUUUUCAAGGAUUCGGUAUCAAGUGAUACUUACGAUAGUUAUUGUGGAUGAUAUAGAUACCAUUUAUUAAUCCUGACAUAUUAUAUAUAUAUAUA